AUUAAAAAAUAACAAAUGGCUGAAAUGUCAUUUCUAAUAAUUUUGGUUUUGUUUUCACCCUAACUUUAUUUUACAUAUAGAUAGUUGCUAUUUUUAUGUCUUUGAUAUGCACACCUAUUCGUUUUCUAUUAUAAUUUUUAUAUAUAUUUUGGAUUAAAAGGUAUUUUUCAUUGUUAUGAUUGUUUGGUCCAGGCUCUAUUUAUUAACGUUUACAAAUACAGUAGACUCCUGACUGUCCGGGUGUGAGUUAUUCAGUUUACGGGUUAAUCGUGCAAUAUUUCACUUCACAAAACACACAAAAAUUUUUUUUUAUUAGUUUAUUUAUUUAUUUAUGUGAGAGCCUUUACGCUGUGAUUCAAGAUGAAUAAUGCUGCCAAACAUAGUGCAUACAUAACUGGUGAGUGUUAGGCCAUGAACUUCGCAACGGCUGUGGCAAAUUAUAAACGCAUCUCAGUGAGCCGCGCGCGCCUGUGUUCCACGCGCCAGAAUGAACCGCCCACAGUUGACGGCAGCGUGACUCGCGCGAGCGUGAACGGACCUGUGUGCGUAGUUUAAGGCAGCAAUCGCAAGGCAGCAGUUUUUUUUUUCCAGUCAUCUUAAGGGAGUAAUGUGCAUUAAUGAUUGGAAAUGAGUGGAAUUUAACUUUCAACAAAAAUUAAAAAUUAUCGAACAGCUAGACGUAAAAUAGGGCGAUGGAAAAUACGGCUAUGUUUACGUGACAUGUACUGCAACGUUUUCUGUAAAUUACGUCUUAAAAUUUUAGUACCUAUUACGUACAACAACCCUAGACAGUGUUUGUUUGGAUAGUCAAGAUAAUUUUUUUUAACCAUGCAGUUUUAUCGACAUUGCUUUAACUGUGUUAUUUUUUUAUCCGCGGACCCCUUGACAGUCACUACCCCAGAUAAUCGGGAGUCUUCUGUAGAUACAUAUUAUAUUUUGGUUUCUAAUUUUAUAAACUUUUUUUAUUCAAUGUGAAUAUUGUAACUUUGCGAUAGACUAGGCGGGUACCUUUGAGUGACAGCUUAAGUGUUUGUUAAUAAUAAGGGGCUGAUUUAGAAUUGCACACAAUCAUUUUAGACAUUCUAUAUACAUAUAUUUUUGUCCAAUUUUGCUUAAAUGUAAUAAACAAAUUAUAUUUUACAGGUUACCAGUGACAGAGAAACGCGCCAAGAAGCUAGGCAGGUGAGGAAAAGAGCUCUAUCAACAUUAGAAACUUUGUCACCUAAAAAAAGAAAAUUUGAUAAAGCGACUAGCACAGAAGCACAUCAAAAUGAGGAGAUGGUAAAACUCCGUAAGCAAGUUGAGAUUUUGAAGAAAGCUAACGCAGUACUAAGGCAGAGGGAAGCUGCUAAGCUUAAAAGACCUAAGUUCGUAGCAAAACGACUGCCAUCUUCUCGCAAAGUAAAAGUUGGGGAACAGAGAAAAGAAAUAGUUCAGAUUCUGUCCAGGUGUUUCACGCAGGGGCAAAUUAGGUGUCUCUUGGGAGGGAACAAGAGAGUGAAAUGGUCCUCGGAAGAUAUAGCGAACGCCUUGACUUUAAGAUCUCUUUCCCGAAAAGCAUAUGACUAUUUGAGAAAACGCCACACUCCUCUACCAUGUCGUACUACUUUACAAAGGUGGAUUAAGCAGUUUAAAUGCAGGCCUGGAAUUUUGAAUGAAGUUUUGUGUAUGUUGAAAGCCAGAGCAGUCAACUACAAGGAGCAUGAAAAAGUAGCAGUGCUGACAUUUGAUGAAAUGAACAUAGACGGGCGUAUUUCAUACGAUUCAUCAGACGAUCGCAUACUAGGACCUCACAGUAAUGUACAGGUAGCUAUGGUCAGGGGCCUUUUUGCUGCAUGGAAACAACCAAUAUUUUAUGACUUUGACGUGACGAUGACAUCAGAGUUGUUAAAGAAAAUUAUUAGCGACCUAGAAGCUUGUGGAAUCCGUGUUGUCGCGGUUACUUGUGACAUGGGAGGGAAAAAUUCUAAGGUGUGGAAGGAACUAAAUGUAAACACAGAAAAAUCUUUUUUCAUGAAUCCUGUGGACUAUGAAAGGAAAGUUUGGGUGUUCUGUGAUGUUCCCCAUCUUCUUAAAUUGUUGAGAAACCACUUUUUAGAUGAAGGUUUAAUAUUAGCUGAUGGUACAUCAUUUCAGAAACAAAUAAUUGAAAACAUUUUACAAACUCAAAAGGGGGACUUAUCAAUAACACACCACAUUAACGAGGCUCAUCUAAGUGUAAGUGGAAGAUCUCGUCAGAAUGUAAGAAUGGCUGCUCAAUUAUUUUCCAGGCGCACUGCUCUAACAGUUCGAUAUAUUCUGAACAAGAACUCUGAAAGCACCUUCGUUGAGUUAGUCAAUGACACGUUCGAUGUGAUGAACUCUAGAGUUCCUAAAGACGAACAGACUCCCCUAAGAAGCGGAUAUGGUUUGAAUUUAAGAAGCCAAGAAAACACACUGAAACGUUUUUUGGAAGUGAUUUCGCAAGUGAGAGUAACAAAACGAAAAAACCUACUUCCAUUUCAGAAAGGUUUCAUAAUCUCCAUAAAUUCUCUUUAUGGACUUUUUGAAGACAUGAAAAAAGCAAAUAUGUCUUACAUUUUAACUUCAAGAUUAAAUCAAGACUGUUUGGAGAACUUCUUCUCUCUUGUCCGUGGACUAGGAGCUUUUUAUAACAAUCCAUCCCCUUUCGAAGUUCGUAAUAGCAUUAGACUUCUAUUACUUGGAGGAAAAAACGAAAUUCCUCUCUCCAGCGAUGUGUCAGUAGAACAUGAUUCACCUACAAGAUAUCAAGGAAGUUCCUUAAUAGCUAGUAAUGAGAACAAUUUUUUGAACUUUGUUACCAAUGAAUUGUGUAUAAAUGUCGUCGAGGGACCCAUGGAAAAUAGCCAUGUUAAUGAAUUGGAAGAAACGUUACAGUUAUUGCGGUUGGAAGAAACAAGCAACGACUUUGAAAAUGAAGACAUAAAUGAGGAUGCAAUAAAAUAUCUGGCGGGCUAUUUGGCAUUUAAAUGCCGCUCUGUAGACGAGAGCUUAGGUGCUAAAAAUGAAAUAUUUCCUUCGUCGGGGCAAGUGCCACACGACUGGAUAACAGUAAUUUCAAAAGGCGGCCUUACUCGUCCAACUGAUGAAUGGUGUCAAAAAAUAAAGCAACUGGAGGUAUUGUUCGGCAGUUUUCACGGACUUAAUAUUUCCAAAUGUGAACGAGUUAUACACACUCUGAAAUGUCUAAUCAAAUCAAAAUUUCCAGAACUUGACGAGACUAUUAUUUCGCUGUACGCAAGGACACGGACUUUCAUUAGAAUACGCCAUCUCAACAAAAAACUCCAAAUGCAAGCCACGGAGAAGCAUUCAGCAAAAAAGCGCCGAAUGUGGGCAGCUUCAGCUUCUUCUAAAUCAUCAUAAAAUAAUCAAAAUAAAGGUGUACCCAUCAUCAAGAUAAAGAGGAAGCUACAAAGUUUUCUGCGCUUCCUCAUAUAUAGAGGGAGGACGGUAUUCAUGUUUACUGUGCCGAAAUUCAGCAGACUGCACAUUCUAAACGAAUGGAACACCCAUCUGCGUAGAGAGGCUGAAAUUGGGCAGAGUGUAAACCGUCGGCAACCAGUAUUUUUGGUAGACUUUGCCAAUAUGACAAAGGAAAUGAACAACAUUUACGAAAGAAUAUUGCAACGGAUAUUGCACCGACUACUCUCGUUAAAAGAAAACAUCAAGCAGACGAUAAUCCAGAGGAUAACAGAUCAACGGAAGCAAACCGGACAGAUGAGACUACGAGAACUCCAGACAACAGCAGAUUCAACUGUUGGCUUCAACAGUGCGACUGGCAAGCUGAACCAUGAUCUAUUCCCAACAUGUGACAAUAUAGUGACGACCCUAAUUCAAUCAGAUUCAACUGUUAGCUUGCACAAUGUUGCUGGCAAUAAGAACCACGAUUCAUUACCAACAUGUGACCAAAUUGUGACAUCGCCAAUGCGAUCAGGCAACACAAGUGAUAUUCCAUUGUCAAGAAAUACACCAGUUGUUGAAGAAAAAUGUGAACCUUCGAAAAAGGAUAGUAGACCGCGCGCGACCCCUCCCGAGAUGAGCUGCUCAAGCCCAGCGCUGGUGGUGUCGCCGCGCCUUGCCCGCGGCACGGAGUUCUCGGUGACGCACGGCGACGAGGGAGUUGUGGACCGGAGCUCACGGGUCUCGGGAACCCACGGAGAAGUUCCUGUUAGCAGGACUGGACACGUCAACAGGCGGGGUUACGAAUUGCAACAGCAAGGCUGGAUUUAUAAACCAGGCGGUACCAGGUGGAGUGAGUUGAGGUGAUGACUGGAAUGCUUGGGAGGGAGAAGGAACAUUGAGUGCCCCACUCCUAAUUCUCUGGAAAGGAAUUUUUAAAGGAUGCUACAGUGCUGCAAUUUUUGUUAUGUUGGAAAUUGCAUAGAAUUCUUUCCAGUGAUUUUGAUCAAAUACAACAGCAAUUGUGAAAUUAUUUAUAAACAUUUAGAAUGAUAGUAGUGUGUUUUUCAGUACACAGACAAAUCUUACUAAUACCAAAAUAAAGGGUCCGUAAAUAUGGCACUUUCUUAUUAUGAUUUUAACUUUGUGAUUAACAAAUUUUAAUAAUUUGUAAAGAUAAUCAAAUUAAAGUUAUAAAUAUUAUACACAUUAUCAGAAGAUAAUUUUAAGCAAUAAUAAAAUAUGUAAUUUUUGUACUGUACUACUCUUACAACAUAUACGUAAGUUGAAAUUACCUACAAGGUAACAUAUCUUUAUUUGUAAUUACUAUAUACUUUCUAAGAUGUUUCUUCAUCGUACAUUGAACUAGAAUAUGGCAUAAGUAUUAUUUUAGUUGAAAAAGAAAUAGUGACUUAUAAUUUUGUGAUAUUUGUACAAACAUUUAAUGUUUUUCCAGGGGGCAAAAAAACUUUUGUUUUACACGAUAAGAAAAAUAUUUUGUACUAAAUAAUAUGCUUAGCACUAUAACUCCUAUGUAAUUUCUAGGGGCUGUGAAAAUAUUUUGUAUUAAUGAGUUUUGUAUUAAGGUAAUGAGGUUUAACUGAAGUACUAUUGUGUACUUAUUUUUGAGUAAAGUGGUUUCUUAAAUUGAAAUGUACAAAAUUUAAAAUUCAUAGUAGUUAACUGCAUUCUGUGUAUGUAUUGCCUGCUGGAAAAUCACUCAGGCUCUCUCGCAUGUCAAGAAUGUUACAGAGUAUUACAUAUUUUUUAAAUUAUUGUUGUUUGGUAGUUUUUCAUAUUUGGUUUUAUUUUGAAAUUAUGUUUGAAUUGUUUAUUUUGUUGUUUAAAUUGAUUACAGUGUUUUAUCACUGUUAUUUUAGGAUGUCAACAUUUGAAAAAAAAAAUUCUCACAUAAACGUUGCAUGAUGUUUAUGGUCCUGCUGUUAGAUUCAUGGUCUAGGUUGUAUACGUGACAGGAUAAAGCACCGUUCAACAGCAUUCAGUUUUCAAGUUGCUGUCGGGCAGUUUGGUAGUUAAAAUGGAAAAAUAUAGUACUACAAUUAAAAUGAACUGGCACAAUAUGAAUUUCUAUCCAAUAUGGUCAAUGUUUUUUAGUCUUGCCCUUUGAUCAAUAUAUGUUACUUUUACUGUGUAAAAUGUUGCCCAAGAUGUUUUCUUUCCCAUAUAAAACUAUGUCUUUUAAAGUUAAAAUCUAUAUUUAGUUAUGCUUUCCAGCUCAUGUUAGGGUUACAGUUUUUCUCUCUCUAUUUAAAGUUGAACUAAAUAGGGGUUUGUUGCAUGAUUUGCUUUUUAAUUAUACAUACUAUUCAUGCAUUGUGUUUUAUUAUGAAAAACUUUUCAAUUGAGAUGUUAAUAUAAAAUGUGUGAUUAUUAUGUGAUAAAAAACUAUGGUUAAGAGUAAUGGUACAUUUCUAACAUGUGUGGUCUGCCAAGCAUCUAAUGUUUGUAUUCAUUAAGUAUUUUAGACACAGUGUCCUAUGAGUAGGUGAUAAAUAAUACUUAUUUGAUAAUGAACAUGUUCACAGAAAUCAUUGCUUUUUUAAAUCUUGUGACAAAUUCCUUAUUAUUAAUUUAUGUUCACUUGUGUAGUAUAAAUAAAUAUAAAUUUUGUUUUGAACAGGAAA